AGUGAAAUGCUUUGAUUCCGCUGAUGGUUCGAUCACACGCCAACUGACAGCGAACGCGGCUGGUUGUCCUCGCUCCGCAGCGGAAAAAUAAGCCAUUGAAAACAUUGAAACCGAACCGAACUCCAACUGAAACUGAGAGCCCUUUUGCUUGUGUGUCGCGUGUUCUUGUGCGGUGUUGCAUGUGACUUCAUCGGCGCCUCGAAACUAAAAAGUAAAGCGGUGUUUUGUGGCAACUUGUAUAAGAUGCUGGAGUUCUACCCAAUGCCCACGAAUCUGAAUCCAGUCGGCGGCAGCUUGUACUCGCUGCAGCAGAAUCAUGGCGGCGCGCGAUUCCUGGACAAUCCCAAUCCCGGCAGCAUGACCGCCAGCAGCGGCAGCUCCCUGCACCUCAGCAGCAGCAGCACCAACAACAAUCUGCCAGCAAGCAUUUCCGGCAACAAUAGUCCCACGGCAACGGCUUCAUUAACGGGGCAGCAUCAGCAGCAUCAGCAGCAUCAGCAGCACCAGCAGCACCAGCAGCACCAUCAGCAGCAGCAACAUCCCCACCAGCAGCAUCAGCAACACCAGCAGCAACACGCUGCCUCGAGCACGCCAGUGCCAAUUAGCAGCUGCCCCACGCCCACAGGACACAGCCCCCUCAGCAGCAGCAGCAGCAGCAACCACAACAAUAACAACGGCAACAACAGCAGCAGCAGCCUCCACGCUGCCUGCAACACAUUAACAGCUGCUGCUGUUGCCGCUGCCUCCGCCUCUGCCGCUGCUGCGGCAGCUCCAUCGGCAGCAGCCACCUCAGUAGCCACCUCGCAAUUAGGCGGAGCAGUUGCUGCGGCGAUUGCUGCUGCUGCUGCUGCGGCUGCCGCUGCGACGACAGCAACAUCGACGGGCCCAGCGGCCGCAGGAAGCGGAAAUGCAAGUGGCAAUGGCAGUGGCAACGGUAACGGAAAUGGAAAUGGAAAUGGCAGUGCAAGUGGAACUGGGAAUGGAGCUGCUGCAGCAACGGCCUCGGCAGCAGCGGCAUCCAAAUUGUCUGCCGAUUGCAGCGGACGCACAGAAGUGGGCCACAUCAAGUGCGAGAAGAACUUCGAGCUGUGCGAGGGCUGUGGCCAGAAGAUCCACGACCGCUUCCUGAUGAACGUGGGCGAUGCCAACUGGCACGAGCAGUGCCUGGCCUGCUGCUACUGCGGCAUGCAGCUGCACCACACCUGCUACGUGCGCAACUCGAAGCUCUACUGCAAGAUGGACUACGACCGGCUGUUCGGUGUGAAGUGCUCCUCCUGCUGCCAUGCGAUCCUGCCGCAGGAGCUGGUGAUGCGACCCAUACCGAACUUUGUCUUCCACCUGCCCUGCUUCGUGUGCUACGCCUGCCGAUUGCCGCUCCAGAAGGGCGAGCAGUUCAUGCUGCGGGAUGGCCAGCUCUUCUGCUACCGCCACGAUCUGGAGAAGGAGAUGUUCCUGGCGGCCGCUGCUGCCCAGCACUGCGGGUUCGUCGGCCUGGAUGAGGAGGAUCUGCUGAGGCCCCGCGACGGGAGGAGAGGUCCCAAGCGACCACGCACCAUCCUCACGUCGCAGCAGCGCAAACAGUUCAAGGCCUCCUUCGAUCAGUCACCCAAGCCAUGUCGCAAGGUGCGCGAAGCCUUGGCCAAGGACACCGGGCUCUCGGUGCGUGUGGUGCAGGUGUGGUUCCAGAACCAGCGCGCCAAGAUGAAGAAGAUUCAGCGCAAGGCCAAGCAGAAUGGUGGCUCCGGCGGAGGAUCGGGCAGCGGGCGUGGCACGGGCAGUUCCAGCGCCACCGACGAUAAGGACACCAACGAGAAGGAGGACAAGUGCGUCAAGCAGGAACUCGGCGGAGAUAGCUCUGGUUAUCUGGGCGGACUGGACAGCACUUUCGCCAGCCAGCCACUGAAUCCCAAUUUGCCCUUCUCACCGGAUGACUAUCCGGCCAACUCGAAUGACAGCUUCUGCAGCUCGGACCUCUCGCUGGAUGGCAGCAACUUUGACCAGCUGGACGACGAUGCGGACUCGCUGUCGCUGAACAACCUGGAGCUGCAGUCCACCAGCUCCUCGGGCAACCAGCACUCGCACUCGCACUCCCACUCCCACUCGAAUCCCCACGACAUGCUGGCCAACCUGAACAACAGCCUGAUAAACCCCAUCGACAAGCUGUAUCUCAUGCAGAACUCGUACUUCAGCUCGGAGCAUUAGGGCAUUGGAGACAUGGGAGACAUGGGAGACGUGGGAGCACCGAGGCGAUCGGGGGAUAGAGACGAAUUUAUUAGCGUUAGAGUGGCAGGAUCCGAUCGAAAAAGGACGCGAGGUCCUUGCUGUUACUUUACACGUAGCGCGUAGUUGGCACCUUCCGCAUUCGGCGCAUUAAGUUGGAGUCGUAGAACCAGAUACAAGAUACAUCAAAUGUGAUUUUUUUAAGCUAAUUGAAAUUUUAAGAUUCUUGGCGAUUUGAACGCGGCGAAAACGGGGCGGGCAGCACAUUUUUUUGUUGGUCUAGACUCUAGAGGCAAAACAGAAUAAAUGUAGAACUUCUUGAAAAAUGGUAAAGUGGUCUAUGCGCCCCCUUAUGUUUGUAAAUAGUUUUAACCACCCGAGAAAAUUGUUAUUAAAUGUAAUUUAAAAGUCAAUAAUUGUAUUAGCAAGUGCAAUUUAAUCUGUUCCCCUAAAAUAUACAUCUUAACC